UGCGGAUCUCCAGCUACGGCUCGAAUCGAAGCCCUCGCCAGAACAAAGAAUUCGGAUGGGAGGAAGAGGUGGGCCCCUGAGCAGAAGGCCAGACUUGCAGAAAGCGGCUUUUCACUUGGAGGAGGCUGUAGCAAAACCGAGCUGGUUGUCAUCACAUCACGUACUGUCUUCUGCUCCGCUGAUAAUGUAUCUGCGGCGUGUUCAAUCACCUGGCACCUUGAUUCGCCCAACCGACGCGCUCAUAUCGAUCCGUUUCGGCUGUAGGCUCAAGGCUCCAGGUUACAGUUCUCUACUCGCGCCCCGUUUGUGCUCAGCUUGCCAGAGACCCGCUGUGACAGCAUGGCGCGUGCGAUGCAGGUGAUCGGCUUCGCUGCAGUGGCGUCGGCGGACAUGGGGCCGUCCGCUCGGCAGCUCCGCGGCUACGCAGCAAACAGCACCUCGCUCGCGUCUGCGUCAGACUGCAGCAGUUUCUGCUGCUGGAGGCCGGCUGGGGAGUGCAGCGACUGCGGCACGGACUGGAACAACCGCAUGUAUGCCCCCGGUUGCCACGUGGAGUGCUCAGGCCCGAACUGCGGCCCUGGAAAGGCCCACCAGUACUACAACACGCAAUCUGAUUGGGACAGCAGUUGCUCCACUCGGGUGUGCGGCAGUGAGCAGGGAGGCCUCAGCUCUGGACCUUCGUACUAUUGCGGGGGCACCUGGAAUGGGAACAACAACUGGGGCAGCAACUACGAGGGCCCGAUCGUCAACACCGACACUGAGACUUGCAAGCGAUUGUGCGGUAUGAGCGGGAGCAACAAGUGCACGGGUUGGACCGUGACCAACAACAACGAGUGCUACCUGAAGACAAGCGUCGGGGACAUGCAGAGCGAUGCGGGCGUUCAGGGCAGCGGCUACUGCUACCCCAGCUGCGGGGACCAGCAGAACCAGCAGAACAACGAUGGGCACAAUUACGAGGGCCCGAUCCAAGUGCAGAACGCAGAGUUCUGCAAGGUGAGGUGCCAGGCUUCCGGGGGCCAAUGCAAGGGCUGGACUGUGACCAACAACGGUGAAUGCUACCUGAAGGAUAGCGUUGGGCCCAUGAGGCCUGAUGGGGGGGGGAGUGCAGGCCAGCGGCAGUUGCUAGCCCUGCGCAGCGAAUGCUUUUGCCCCACGCUCCUCUCGCGAGGUCUCGUGUCAGGGCCAACAGCGGUGGCCAACAGCGCCCAGCCGCGUACAGACUGCAUGACGGGUAGAUUUUGCACGGGCCCCCCACAGCUCGGUGUUCAGACAUCCACAGGAAACAUCGGCAGGAUCAUGCGAAAUCGCAAUCGCACUAACACUCUGAUACCGUACCGCUAG